UUGUCUCGAGAAGAACUAAACCGAUACUUCCGUUUGGCGGCAGCGUGUACGAAUAUUACACGUUCACAAUAAACUUUUGACCAAACACAGUUUUCUCCGGUUAGAUUAGUUUUUCGUGGCUUUUCGGUUUCUGCGGCGGACAUGGUUAAGCUGACGGCGGAGUUGAUCGAGCAGGCGGCGCAGUACACGAACCCUGUGCGCGACAGAGAGCUGGAUCUGCGCGGCUAUAAAAUCCCUGUGCUGGAGAAUCUGGGCGCCACUCUGGAUCAGUUUGACACCAUUGAUCUGUCAGAUAAUGAGGUCAGGAAACUGGAUGGGUUUCCACUGCUGAAGAGACUCAAAACGCUGCUGGUGAACAACAACAGAAUCUGCCGAAUUGGAGAGAACUUGGAGCAGGCUUUACCAGACCUGAAGGAGCUCAUUCUCACAAGCAACAACAUUCAAGAGCUGGGUGAUUUGGAUCCUCUUGCGACAGUGAAAUCUUUGAGUUUGCUCAGUCUCCUCAGGAAUCCAGUUACCAACAAGAAACAUUACAGAUUAUAUGUCAUCAAUAAAAUUCCCCAGAUCCGAGUUCUGGACUUCCAGAAGGUUAAACUGAAGGAACGUCAGGAGGCGGAAAAAAUGUUCAAAGGCAAACGCGGUGCUCAGCUUGCAAAGGAUAUUGCCAAGCAGUCCAAAACGUUCACUCCUGGAGCAGGACUGCAGACUGAGAAGAAAACGGGCCCGUCUGCUGCUGAGGUUGAAGCCAUCAAGAAUGCUAUAGCUAAUGCUACGUCACUGGCUGAAGUGGAGCGGCUGAAGGGACUCCUGCAGGCCGGACAGAUUCCAGGACGAGACCUCAGAUCUGGAGCAGGGAACAUGGUGGAGGAAGAAGAAGAGGAGAUGUCCGAGUCUGUGCCCAUGUUUGAGGACAUGCAGGGAGAAAACAAUGAUGAAGACAUGCAGGAAGAAAUGCAUGUGAAUGGAUCAUAGUUCUGUUCGUUUGUUGAUGUUUCAGAAUCAUUUAAUGCCGUUUAAAUGCUGUAUUUGACAGCACUUGUUUUCAUAGGUGUUGAUUUGUAAAUUUAAAGUACAUUAAACCUUUGCUUUUUUUAUUAA